AUGUUCAUCGGCAUGUCCCUCACUAACGAGAUUCCGGACGUAGGCGUAUCGCAACUCGGCCUCCGCAUCUUCAUUCUAACCUCGGUGGAUACGGAGAAAUGCCCGAUGGAAGCUGUGCUUGUGAAUCCUAGCUUCCAUGAGGAGAUUUGGCGCGCACUGUUGGACCCAUGCUGCAAAUCGAGAUUUGCGCUCCUAUGGUGUCGAUGUCCCCUUAGAAAGGGCCGCCUUCAUUUCAUCCGUACGAUAACACGAACACGCUAUAAAAGUACCCAGGUCCCCCUUCGCCAAAGAGGGAUGAAUUUCUCGAGCAUUUUACUGCUCUUCUCUAGGCCCCAUCAGGCAUUCCACGAGGAUCCUGAACCCCAAGGACGGCAGCAAAUACAAAAUGAAAGGAUGUGUACCAAGAAAGGUGCAAAUCAACCCAAACUUUUACCUGUGCGAGCUAACCUGUCUCUUGAACAUUGCCAAAAGCAGCGCACUUUAAAAGUCAAGCAGUCAGGAGAUAUCCUGCUGGAUAUGAAUGAUAAGAUGACCGGGUCGAAUCCCUGUGUAUUCCUGCACCGCCUCAAAUCUGUUGCAUUGCGUCCUCCAACCAAUUUUUGA